UCCAAACUACCUCAUUCAAGGAAGAGAUACAUCCGAGUAGGAUAAGAAAUUCCUUUCCUUCAUCUUUAAUCCCAUUCUUCACACUGGAAUCAGUUUCACAGUCAAAAUAGUCCUCUUCUUGGAUUGUGCCACUACUGUGAAACAUGCUGGUCAGUCUUAGUCUCUUCAUUGAAGCAGGGAAAGUGGAGCAUCCGAGAAUUUGCAAGCAGACAGAAAGGGGAGCAAAGGUGACAUUGGUCGGAACAUCAGAAAGAAACGGAAAUCCUCUGACACUAAAGUUCCCAUUGGACAUAUCAAAUUAUUUUUCUAAACCCUCCUGUCUGCUAAUGUCAAACGGUGGAUCAGCAAGAUCAUUCGAGUUGCCAUAGCAGAGGAAAACAGAGAGACAACUACAAGAAGAACAGAAUAUUUAAACGUUGGGAAACAGUAGGGUUUUAUUGGAAAGCACCGCUAGGAAAAUAAAUAAAUUUGUGUACUAGCUCUACAAACAUACACACACAGAAGAGAAGAAGCUUGCAGUUGCACGAAAACAAAUACUUGUAACGGAAAAAGUGAUGUAUACGUGUAGAAAAAAUCAAGUAAGCUUGGCAAGCGCCAAUGGCAACUGUUUGGCACUAGAGACAUGGAACUUGAAAGUUCCAAGUGACACUACACCUUCCCUUACGUCUUUUUUUUUUUUUUAGUUUUUUGAGUUGUAUAUAUUGGUUUUUUUAAUAUAUUUUCAUGGGAUUUCUUUCAAUUUUACCAUGUCAUGAUCCCAAAAAAGACUAAUAGUAGAUCAAACUAGGAUGUUUAAACAAGGUUGUUGAGCUGUGAUGACCAAACAAAAUACGAUGUAAGGAGGGGGGGGUGCAUUGAAAUGCAGAAUUUAUAGUCCUCCAAAAGACCUGAGGUGCUUGUUUUCUCGAUUUCUUUGUCAAAAAAGCCACCUAAAAUUUAUCAAAACAAAUAAUUUUUGGAACACAAGCAAAGAGCACAUGUCCUCUCUCUUAACUCUCAAGAUUUUUGGAUGCAUCAAAAUACAAUAGAAGAAAGAAAUUUGAUAUGCGCAAUACUUUUGAUCUUCUGCAAUUCCUUCUUUGCAUAUCUUGACGUCGUCAAUGGAGAUCCUGAACAGGUAAGUUUUUUUUUUAUUUUUGCUUGGUUGUUUAGUUGUUGAUAGAAAGUAGAAACUUCAGUUCCUGUCAUAUUGGUAUUUUGAGGUUGAUGUCCAAAAGUGAUACUUCAGUUGCUGUUUUUAAAGUUCAAGUGGGGUUAUUUUUCUGUUUUUGAAUUCUGGAAGUCCAUGUUAGUCUAUUGAUUCUGCAUUACGUGGUUGUUGGGGUUUCUGAGAGAUGUUUGUUUUGCAAGUGAGGUUUGGUUUGAAUAUGGCUAGUCUUGUGUUUUUUUUUUUUUUACCUGAUUUGGUGAGUUUGGUAAAGAAAAAGUAAAAUGAGUGACAGAGAAGAAACUAAGAGAGAAUCCUUUUGGACAAUUUGUUGAAUCUUGACAAUGCAGUGUAGUAUUUAAAGACCAGAUGAAAUAGUAGUUGAGUCAUUUCACUGGGAAUUUGAGGGCUAGGGCUUGAUUUGGCAAUGUCUCAAGUGGAUGGCAUUGACAAUCUUGUAGCUUCCAGGAUAGUCUUGAAGACCAGUAUAGAGAAUUCAAGAGCUCUUGCCUCUGCUUUUGACAGUACAGGCCAAAGAUUGGAGGGGAUGAAACAAAGAUUACCAUCUCUGGAAGCCGCUGUUAGACAUGUCCCCAGGCAAAAGUGCACAUUUGUUGCAAUUAGAGAGCAUAUUGAUCGUGCCAUUGGCCCUGCCGCAGCGGUGCUAAAGGUGUAUGAUAUCAUUCAAGAGCUCCAGAAGUCACUAUUGUCUCACCCGUGUUCUGAUCUUUCAACUUACCUGCUAAUGGUGAAACAGCUUGAGGAAUCAUUGAAAUUUCUGGCUGACAACUGCAGGCUAGCAAUUCAGUGGCUGGAGGCUAUUCUUGAGUUUCUGGAAGAUAAUGCAGUUCAUGAUGAUCUUUACAUCUUGAACGUCAACAAGUCAUUGAGCAUCCUGCAAGAGUUGCAAGCCACUGACAAACAUGCUCGGCUCGGUGGGGGAAUUCUCUGUGCUGCAUUGGACAAACUUGAAAUUGAAUUCAAGCAGAUUCUUGUGGAGAACCGCAUUUGUGUUGUUUUGGAUUCUUUCUCAUCUUCUAUUAGAAAUCAAGCCUCCAUUGCUCCAUCUCCUCUGCCAGUGGCUGUUAUACAGAAGCUUCAGGCUAUUGUUGAGAGGCUAGAUGCAGAUAAUAGGCUUGAGAAAUGCAUUUCGACUUAUGUUGAAGUUCGGUGUCUGAAUACCAUGAGAAGUUUUCAAGCUCUUGACUUGGAUUACCUCAACCAGUCAUUCAACGAAUUUGAUGAUGUGCAAGAUGUUGAGUGUUACGUUGAUCAAUGGUGCAAGCAUUUGCAGUUGGCUGUAAAGCAAGUUUUUGAAACUGAAUAUAAGCUUUGCAGUGAUGUGUUUGAGAAGAAUGGACCAGAAGUUUGGAUGGAUUGCUUCGCAAAAAUCGUUACACAAUCUGGAAUUCUUUCUUUCCUCCGCUUUGGAAAGAAGAUUACAGGGUGUAAGAAUGAUCCAGUCAAGCUCAUGAAGCUACUGGACAUUUUUUCGACGUUGGACAAUCUGAGAGUGGAUUUCAACAGACUUUUUGGAGGGUCAGCAUGCAUUGAAAUCCAGACUAUGACUAGGGAUCUCCUCAAGGGAGUUGUUAAUGGAGCUUGUGAGAUUUUCUGGGAACUUCCGAUCCAAGUGGAGCUGCAAAGGCGAAGCUCACCUCCUUUAGAUGGCAGUGUUCCAAGGCUAGUAAGCUUUGUAACCGAUUACUGUAAUCAUCUACUAGGGGAUGAUUAUAGGCCACUAUUGACUCAGAUUCUGACAAUUCAACAGAGUUGGAAACAAGAGAAGUACCAAGAGGAACUCGUUACCAACCAGAUUUAUUACAUAAUAAAGCAGAUUGGUCUAAACUUGGAUGCAUGGUCAAAAGCCCACUAUGAUCUCACACUGUCCUACCUUUUCAUGAUGAAUAACCAUUGUCAUUUUUGCUGCUUGAAAGGGACAAAUCUUGGAGGUUUGAUGGGAGAUUCUUGGUUGAAAGCUCAUGAACAGUAUAGGGACUAUUACAUGACUCUUUACCUGAGAGAAAGCUGGGGAAAAAUAUUUGCUUCUCUUAGCCAAGAGAGGGGAUUUGCGGGGGAUUUGGUCAAGAAGAGACUGAAGUCAUUCAAUGAGGAGUUUGAUCACAUGUACCAGAAGCAAUCCAAUUGGGUUGUUCCCUGCGAAGACUUAAGGCUGAAGAUGUGUAAACUUGUUGUCCAGGCUUAUGUACCUGUUUACAGGAGCUACUUGCAGGACUAUGGAUUCCAGGCUGAAACUGAUGCUAGUCCCAGCAGACAUGUGAAAUACACUACGCAAGGUUUGGAAGCCAUGCUCAGCUCUCUCUUUCAGCCAAAGCUAAGCAAGUCUGGCAGCACCAAACACAACCGUUUGAUUGGUAAAAUAAAAGACAUCGUGACAGAUAACUUUCGCUUGACACUAAUGGCUGUAUAAAGCGUACAAGGUUCUUACAGUUGCCUCUUCUCUCUGUUAUCUACUAGCUAGCUUCUUCUUCUUCUUUUUUAAUUUCUCCUAGAAAUUCUAGCUCCUGUCUUGUGUAUGUUUGUUCAUCUGCCAAAUGAAAACACAUCGCUUGGUGGUUGAGGUCCUCUGGCAAGUUGCAAUUGAAAGGUGAAGUUUGCUUGUAUCGGCUUGUACCGAUACUUCUGAACACGGUGAGUUUGGUGGGGAAGUUGUACUCUUGCUGUUCGUAACUUUCUGGUUAAGAAUGAUGACGAUGGAAUGGAGGGGUAACGAUUACAAAAUCACAGAUCAUUAUGUCAAUGUGGCUUAUAGUCUUAAUCUUAAUAGAUUAUUAUAAUAUUAAUUUCUAUAAACUUUGACUUGUAGAAACUUUUUAAUAGUUGACCAGUUGAUAUGAAAAAAUCAUAUUUUUUUGUGAUUUAAA